CUCAAAAUAAUUCCUGUCCCUCCCCCCGACCAUACAGAGACACACACAGCCCGUGUGUGAACAGAAACUGACAGGUCACCGGCUGAGAAACAAGAGAAGAUGGAAGACGACGCGCCCGUCAUCUAUGGGCUGGAGUUUCAGGCACGUGCUUUAACACCACAAACUGCAGAAACUGAUGCAGUCAGGUUCCUCGUAGGUACUCAGUCUUUGAAGUAUGAUAAUCAGAUACACAUCAUAGAUUUUGAUGAUGAAAAUAACAUUAUUAACAAGAACGUCCUUCUGCAUCAAGUAGGAGAAAUAUGGCACAUGAGUACCAGCCCUACAGAUAAAGGAGUUCUGGCAACAUGCUACAAUAAAACUUCAGAUAGUAAAGUCCUAACAUGUGCUGCUAUAUGGCGCAUGCCAAAGGAAUUGGAAUCAGGCAGUCAAGAAUCUACUGACGAUUCAUCAAGCAACCCACAGACCUUGGAACUGCUUUGUCACCUUGACAACACAACCUAUGGCAACAUGUCUUGCAUUAAAACAACAAAUGUUCCUGUGGAAAAUGCAAGUAUUUAUGCAGUGCUGACUAAACUGCCAUUACUAAUGUUUCUCUCAAGUUCUACAACCUUAAAAGGAAAAGGUCAGUUAAAGUUUACUUCUGGAUGCUGGAGUCCUCAUCACAACUGCACACAACUUGCCACAGCUAAUGAUACAGCUAUUCGAGGUUGGGAUACUAGAACUACUUGUCAAGUUUAUUGCAUUGAAAAUGCCCAUGGCCAACUGGUACGAGAUCUUGACUUCAAUCCCAACAAGCAAUACUACUUAGCAAGCUGUGGGGAUGACUGUAAAGUCAAGUUCUGGGACACCAGAAAUGUUCAUGAACCCGUCAAGACUUUGGAAGAACAUUCCCACUGGGUAUGGAGUGUCCGAUAUAACCAUUCACACGAUCAAUUGGUGUUGACUGCCAGCAGUGACAGCAGAGUCAUCCUUUCCAACAUGGUUUCCAUUUCAUCAGAGCCCUUUGGCCAUCUGGUGGAUGAUGAUGACUUAAGUGACCAUGAAGACAAUCACAAUGAAGACAAGAAAGAACCACUACAGGACAGUAUAAUAGCUACAUAUGAAGAGCAUGAAGAUAGUGUCUAUGCUGUUGAAUGGUCCUCAGCCGAUCCAUGGUUAUUUGCAUCUUUAAGUUACGAUGGAAGACUGGUGAUAAACCGGGUACCACGAGCAUUAAAAUACAGCAUUUUGUUGUAAUUUUGCAGUAAAAUAAGCUCUUUUGGUGAAGGGGUGGGGGGCGGGGGGGAGGUUAAAAUUCUGAUUUGCUUUGGGCAGGGCAAAACCCUCAGCACAUUGGUUGACCUAGAAGUCUGGGUUCCUCUGAGUGCUGUGAAAUGUUAACACCACAGCAUAUGUCUUUGAUGUUGAGACUUAUUCCACAUUUAGAAGUCAGGUCUAGCUUCCUACUGGGCAGGUUGCACUCUGGAGAAAUCCAAAUGGGCCAGGUGGACCUAGUCCAGGACCCUGAAGUGAUAGGAGUCUGAUUCAUGACCCUUACAGAAGGGUCCAACCAAGAUCACAGGGUUGCUAGUUCAGGUAUGUGUUGGAGAAAGGACUCCUGUGAAGGUACUUGCCCUUUCCCUGAAGUUAUUCUUCCUUUGCUGCUGAUGCCACUGUUGCUCCUGCUUGGGAAACCUGGUUGGCAACAGUUAAAUUUGCUAAGCAGAGUAGAUACAGAGCUUCCUAACUAAAUGUCUACAACACGCCAAUCCAUCUUCUGGGAGUAGGUUGACUGCCUGCCACUUGACCCAUGGUUGCCCACUCAUUGUCUUACUUGAAUAAAACUUAAAUGUUGAUGGGUAGGAACCAACUUCUCAACAUGUUUGUGUUUUUUAUCCAUUUAAUUCCCUACCUGUGACCAAUCCAGCCUGCUCAUCAAUGUUGAAAUUUCCACACUAUUUUCUUGAUUUUGAAUAACUCUUGUACGGUUUCUGUCAUAUGAAACUCUGAAUAAAGAUUUACAUUAAAAGAUUUCAUUUGUCUUCCAGCAUAUACAACGAUUGUCCGAGGAAAUGUGCUUGAAAAAUUCCUAUGAUAUCAGUAAUUUAACCUAGUUCAUAAAGAUUUGAUCAUUUUUCUGGUACACUUUCAAUGGCUUUUAUAAAUCAUACAAACUUUGUGCUUCCAUGGGCUUUACACAAUAUAUUUAAUCUUCUGAUAAAUAGUAUUGCAUGUUUCUACCCAUCCCCAGCAAUGCUCAGGGUAUAGUCAGUCGAUGUUUCAGGUAUCAUUUAAAGUACCAUUAUGCCAAGAACUUUCCCAAAUGGUAUAAUAAACUGUCAACGCCAAACAUGAAAUGAAGGAUUGAGGAAGGAAGAUGGAACUACAGAUCAAAGGGAUGCCACUAUAUCAGUUACAAGUUUCAGCCUAGUAAUGACUGUAUUACUGGGCACAGUUUUUCAAUUGAGCAGCAUUGGCCAAUGAAUGUACAUCUAUGUAUCAAAUGGACUGGCUAAAAUGUUACCCAGAUUAAGUUAAAAAAGUUAAGGAAGUUGGGAGUUCCACCAGUUUCAGUUUUGAUGAUGAUCUAAAAUUUUUGAAAAGUCAUUAUUCCCUCUAUUAUAGCUGCAAUCAGUCAUUUUCUGACAGUGCUUAUAGCAUUCUGUGAAAUACCCUGGUUAUCAUUAGACCAAUGAUGAAGAAAGUACAAAUGAAGCUGGAUAUCGAAAAUGACAAGAUUGUUGUAUUCGGAAUAUUUAUAAAUUAGCACUU